AGUAGCAGACUGUGAUUUAUAUGAUUUAUCUACUCCAAAAAUGCGCACACCUCUCUGUACUCUCACACAUUUAUUGUAGUCAUUCUGCAUGACUUGAAUGUGUUUUGUAUGUAUGUUGGAUGCUCAUGUAUUAACACAUUCCAGUCAGACAGCAUGUCUGUUACCUAAUGACAUGAUUAUCAUCCAUGUACAGAGGCUACAUCUCAAACUUAAGGAGGAAGAUUAAUGUAGAAGACCCCAUUACAGGAUGCGCUGCUGAUCUACCAUAAGCUUCUCUGCUCCAAGUACGGCUGGUUGGUCCAUGGGGGCUGAUGGCACUGACCAGAAGAUAAGAAUGCUGAACAUACAGAACGCAGGUUGGGGCAGUCGUCAGGACUGGUACCAGGACAAUCUAGUGACCAGCCAACCCAAUCCAGACAGUUGUCAGCAGCUGGACAGCAGUCUAGAUUCGGAACAUCAGACGGGGGCAGUAAAUGAUGACCUGGAUGACUCCCAGAUCCGGCUGCAACUGAAACGAAAACUUCAGCGAAAUAGAACUUCAUUCACUCAGGAGCAGAUUGAGGCAUUAGAAAAAGAGUUUGAGAGGACACAUUACCCUGAUGUCUUUGCCAGGGAGAGAUUAGCGGCAAAGAUUGACCUGCCUGAAGCAAGGAUCCAGGUCUGGUUCUCUAACCGAAGAGCCAAAUGGAGAAGGGAAGAAAAACUACGAAACCAGAGACGACAAGCGGGUAAUGCGUCCAGCCACCUUUCCAUCAACAGUUCCUUCUCCAGCAGUGUCUACCAGUCCAUACCACAGCCCAGCAGCUCAGGGUCCAUGUUGAGCCGCAGUGAGGCAGCUAUAACCAACAGCUAUGGUUCUCUCCCUCCUUUGCCAAGCUUCACUAUGCCGAAUAACCUCCCCAUCCAGCCGGUAGCCAGUCAGACCUCUUCCUACUCCUGCAUGAUACCAACAAGUCCCUCAGUGAGUGUCCGAAAUUAUGAUGCCUAUACACCUCCUCAACUCCAGACUCACAUGAAUAAUCAGAAUCUCGGGUCCAGCGCUAGUGGCUCUACAGGUCUGAUUUCUCCAGGAGUUUCUGUUCCUGUCCAAGUACCGGGAGGAGACCCAGAUCUCACUCAAUACUGGCCCCGGCUUCAGUGAAGAAAUAAGGACAAUAUGGAUUAAGACUGUCAGCUCAAAGGCUUGUGUAAUGGAACCACUAUCAUAAAUCAAUAGAAAUGGAGGGAGACCCUUAUAUUCACCAGCUUUCUAAAACAGGACUUAUGAAUACAGUCAACACAAGAUCACCCACCCAACCUUAAGCAGUCUACUGUGGUCAUCUCUGUGAUGGCUAUUUCUAAUAAACUGAAGUCACAUUAUUCAGUAAAAUGUCACCACAGAAUAUCAUUUCCUGGUUGAAAACUAAAGCAUGAACUAGAUCAAAGAAUCUGAUCCUGCUGAAAAGAGCUUUAAAACAAAUGGAUGUUGUGGAGUCCAGAUUUAAACAUCCGCACCUCUGUCUCAAAGACUGUCUGAUGUUAGAAAGGUUCCUGGUGUUAAGAACAACGCUUUCAAUUUUUUUUUUCUUAAACGUUUAACCCCCUACUUCAAAAUAGAGGAAAUAAGUUAUGUAACGCCUAAAGAACUUCUAACAUUGUUCUACCCUAUGCUGUAUAAAGAAGAUCUUCAUUGGCAUAUUAGCACUUAUAUUUCUCAUCUGGAUUAGUGACCAUUCAUUUAAGGAUGGUCAGAUGGCACGCAGAGUUCACAUUACCUAAGAACUU